AUGUCGACGUCAACUUCAACAAAUCCGAACACUCUUUUGCCGCUGGAGCUCAUCGACAAGUGCAUCGGCUCGAAAAUCUGGGUGAUCAUGAAGAACGACAAGGAGAUCGUCGGCACUCUGACCGGAUUCGACGACUACGUCAACAUGGUGCUCGAGGACGUCGUCGAGUACGAAAAUACGGCCGAGGGCAAGCGGAUGACCAAGCUGGACACGAUUCUGCUCAACGGAAACCACAUAACGAUGCUCGUGCCGGGCGGGGAGGGACCCGAGAUCUGA